AUGACAACCCCCGCCCCCAAUGGCGACGAGUCGGGCGUAGCGUCCACAGACGAGACGCCCCUCGCGCUGCUGUUUGAGCAGCAGCGACUGCAAGACGCAAUGGAAGCGAUGCAAACGUGGGACGCGGGCAAAGUGCAGACGGAGAUCGCGCUGGCCUUCGCCUCGGUGGCCCACGCGCCGUCGGCGUUCCUCCAGUGUCUCCAGCUGUACAGGGAGCUCCCUGAUAAGCACGUGGCGUCCGUCUCGCACUGGAUUUCAGCUGCCGUCGCGUGUCUCCAAGCUCCUAAUAGCAGCAAUAAGAGUGCGGGAACCUCACGGAUCUCACUGAGCGACAGGCAAGUUGCUGCGUUGAUGCUGCCAGCGCUCCAGCGCUCACGCGUGCCGUUCGUGGCCGACUUUGCACUCGCUUUUCAAGUGGAUACCGAAGCGCUGGCUGCUUUCUGCUCCCAGCUGCUGCUACCAAAAAGUGUGGGGACGGCUGUCCGCUUUAUGGAGUGCCUCAAGAUGAAGGAUCUCGUGUCGGCGGACGUGGUGCUGCAUCAGGUGGUCAAGCAGCAGGACUUUCGGACGGGCGACGUGUUUGUCAAAGGCUGUCGAGAGAAACAAGAGCACUUUGUGCAAUUGCUCAUUGAUGCCAACGUGCAUGAUAAAGUGAUCAAGAAACGCCUCUCGCUGUUCAAGCUGCCGGUGAGUGCUUUUCCAGCAUACUUUGAACGGCGACAGACAGCGACACUGAGGUUUCUAAUGCACUCGAAAGAGUACGAGCAAGCGCUGCAGUUUGUCGAGAACUUGGACUGGCUGAAGUUAUACGCCUGCAAAAUGAUCAUGCGUCACGUUGGACCGGAAGACCCAGCUACCAAGCAGUUCAUUUUCCGCACAGGAUUCGCCGACCAGUUUCCCGAAGUCGACACAAGUGCCGAGGAGGGCAUGCAGUUUAAGAAUCAUGACGAGCCGACUCCACUUGACUCGUGUCUGUCGCUCGCUGACACCAUUGGUGAAGCCAAUAUUGUUUUUGUAGAUACCCCGCUCGCGCUGCAGGCAUGUACUGAUUAUCUCCUUAUGCAGCCAGCUAUUGGAUUUGAUUCAGAGUGGAAAGCGGUGCAUGUUUCGACUGGCCCGCACGAUAGCGCUGCAAAGUGUGCGCUCCUGCAGCUAGCUUCCCGUGAAAAGGCGUUUGUCGUGGACGUGGUGGCGCUGUUCGAUCACGGACAUAUCUUAGCCCCGCUCUUUCGGUCGGAAUCGGUGCUCAAGAUCGGGUUUGAUACACGAGGCGAUGUGAAGGCACUACGUCCUUUUUUGACGGGAGGGUACGUGGCUGACAACAUCAUGUCGAUGCUCGUGGAUUUACAAACGGUCACGCGAAAGCUGCCAAUCCUCCAGUGUGGCGAUGACUCAGAAGCCAUAUCGGCGGCCGACGAUAAUAACGACACGUCCAGUAAAGAAGAAGUGCCAGCAGCUCAAAACACCGACAGCGAAGUGUCGGGAGCCAAGUCGAAACAAAGAAAGUGGCAGAAAAAGCGAAGCAAAACUGGCGAAAACGAUACCGUUGUCAAACCUUCCCGCCUGGGCCUGGCAGCCGUCGCCAAAAGCUAUCUGGGUUUCUCCUUGGACAAGCGCGUGCGUAUGUCCAAUUGGGAACGCCGCCCACUCACGCAAGCUCAGCUGCAUUACGCUGCGUUGGAUGCGCACGUGCUGGUUCAGAUCUACUUCAAGAUGGGGGAGAAGCAUCCGGCUGACACGUUGGAGGCAGUCUUGAAACGCUGCACGCAAAAGCAUGUCAAGUAG